CGGGAUUUAAAUUAAUACUGUUGUACAUACACUACCGUUCAAAAACUUGGGGUCACCCAGACAAUUUUGUGUUUUCCUCGAAAACUCACACUUUUAUUUAUCAAAUAAAUUACAAAAUGAAUAGAAAAUAUAGUCAAAAAAAGGUUAGAAAUAAUGAUUUUUAUUUGAAAUAUUAACGUGGUUCUUCAAACUUGUAGCUCAAAGGAAGACCAGUUGUAUAGCUUCUCUCUACAGCAUAACUGUUUUUAGCUGCGCUAACAUUAGAAGGGUUUUCUAACCCUCCGUUUGUCUUCUAAGGCGACAACACAAUGUACCGCUAGAACACUGAAGAUGGGCCUUCAUACCCCUCUGUAGAGAUUCAUUAACAACCAGAGAAUAGUCAUUUACCACAUGAACAAUGUAGAAAGGGUAUUUAUGAUUAAUGUAAUGUUAUCUUCAUUGAUAAAAAAACAGUGCUUUUACUUUGAAAAAUAAGGACAUUUCUAAGUGACCCCAAACCUUUGAACGGUAGUGUAUAUGUGUGUAUGUGUGUUUAUGUAUGAAACUUAUGACACACGUUCUUCUGUAUAUUGAUUUAUUGUAUUAAUUGCAUGACUCCAAUGACCUUUGUUGAUGACACUCACACUGGUUCCUCUGCAGCGCGAGCCGACAGUGCGAGUGGUUGCUGUCUCUCACCCUCCUCCACUCCGCUAUCUCAGCGUCAGCAAGGGAGGUCACAUCACCGUCUGGAACAGCGGCCUACACAUCCUCAAAACUCUCGCGCUUGCUGGAGAUCCGACGGAGGAAGUGGCCAACACGAGGAGGUUCAGAGGCUGGACCACCGAUGCUGUCUCUAUGGGCAACGUCCACAAGGUUGCCAUAGCAACCGACUGCAGGGACUUGCACUUUGUCAACGUCUCCACGGGCAAUGUAUUUGAGGAUGUCCACCUCUUUGGGUUUCGUACUGUCCCGACUGCUCUUUGCUACUGGCAUGAUGUCCAGUGUCCAGAACGACCCUCUCUGCUGCUACUGGGGGAUGAAAGAGGAGGAGUCCACGUCAUGUGGUUCCUGAAUCCAUCCAAAGGUCUUUUCAAGAGUCUCACCAACAAAGAGAAAGGUCUACGGAGGAUCUUUUUCCCAGACCUGGGUGAGCACAGCGACGCGGUCUCCUACCGCCACGUGCCGAACAUCCACCGGGAACCGAUCAACCGGGUGAUGUUUGAGCCCGGCGCCAACAUCGUCAUGACGUCAUCAGAGAGUGACACCACCUCGGUGGUCUUUAUGAGCGUGACCCUGAAGCAGGAGCCUUACAUUUGGAAAUGCAAGCAGGGAGCCAAAUGUUUCGACUACAACGCGUCUCUGCGGUUGCUGGUGACGGGAGGUCGUGACCGAGCGGUCAGACUCUGGACCCGCUUUGUGACCGCGCGUCCCGUCGCCACGCUGCCGGGUCACCGCACCGCCGUGCUAGAUGUCGCAAUCUACCAACCUGUGGGGCAGAUCUUCAGCUACUCCAGAGAUGCCGAGCUGAAGAUUUGGGACAUUUCCAGCCAUCACUGUCUGAAAACCGUCUGUCUGCAGUUCCCGUGCCGGCAGCCGGGUCGAAUUCCAGAGCACGGCAGCUUCCCUUUCCUGUUGCUGAGCCCUCCCCUUCCUGAGCAGACCCAGUCUCAUUUGCUGGUGGGAUGCAAAGAUCACCUGGCGCUGCUCAACCUAGCUGAGGCGAGAAGAGGAGGAGGGGGCGGGUGGUCGGCGGGCAGAGGAGGGGAACCCGGGGGUCCGGCCCUCACCUGUGCUCUGUACAACGCUUCCCUGAGACAGGUGGUGACCGGACACGCCGACUCGUCCGUGUCUCUGUGGGACGUGGAGACGGGGAGGAGGCGGCUACGGAUCCUGAACGCUCACGGAGAAGAUGAGGUCACCUGCAUGACUCUCGACUCCUCCCACAGAAGACUGAUCACCGGAGCUCGCAAUGGCACGAUAAAGGUGUGGAACUUACUGAAUGGCCUCAACCUGCACAAGCUGGAGCCCGUCACCGACUCCGAGGUCACCGGGUUGACCUGUCUCCAUAACAACCAGCUGCUGUCCGUCGGGUGGAGCCGGCGGGUCGCUCAGUACGACAUUGCAGCUGCCAAGGAUUUGUAUGUAAGAGCAGACGUGUCGUGGAAGUCCAGCGGCGUCCACACAUCGGACAUUCUAGCCGUGUGUCAGUGCGCCGCUCUGGGGGUCGUUGCCACGGCGAGCCACGACGGAGAGGUCAUCGUGUGGAGGCUGGAGACGCAAGGACCGGUGCUCCACCUCCAGAGACCGACACACGGAGGAGUUCUGGCCCCCGUGAACAGCCUCUUGUUCCUGCAGCAUCGGGCCGGCGACAGAAAGUUGAGAAACAGAGGCGUCCUGGUCUCAUCGCAGGCCGGGCGGCUCUGCUUUUGGAGCCUCACGGGACAGACGCACACUUGUGGUCAGUUCUACGCUCCAGACCAGCCGGGUGAGCGUGUGCUGAGCCUGACCUCAGAUCAGCUUAAAAACACCACCCUGGUCACUGGAGACACAGCAGGCCGGAUCCAGAUUUGGGACAUCUGUCACUACGCACUGGACCUCCAACACGAGAUGGACGCAGCCUGUGAGCGGCCUCCUCUGCUGCAGCGGUGGAAGGCUCACGACAGAGCGUUGGUGAGCGUGGACAUUCUCGAGGUGGCCGGCCGACUCUUCGUUCUCACGGCCUCAGCCGACGGCUCCGCUGGACUGUGGACGAAAGACGGAGACCGCGUGGGUUCUUUUGGGCAGGAAGAGGUGUGGGAUGUUUGUGAACCGGAUACUUACCAGAGGUGAGGCUCAUGAGCUCAAAGUCUCUGUGACACUUGUCAAAUGCGCUUCUUUUUUUUAAACAGUAUUAGAGUGGGCUCAGAAACGGCAGGGCAACUAUUACCAAGUUAUAUUUAAAUACAUUAAACAAAGUCUUGCAGGGAUAUGGUAAUCAUAACAAUUUUUUUAAAUUGUAAUUUUUCCUAAUUUUCUGAACCCACUGAGGGUUAACACAUCAUCUCUGCGUUUAACUCUUCUGUGGUUAAGUCCAUACAUGCAUAAGAAUGUCCAUAAAGCAUAUUGAAUCUUAAUUAACAAAGACCACGCCAUUAGAGAUCUUGGUUUUAAAUGGUUUAUAGCGAGGUGGAAAGAGAGGGUUGGGUUAAGGAAGUGAAAAAAGGGAUCGAGGAAGGAAGGGAUGUGGUUCUGGUGGCUGGCAGAAGAGUGAGAGCGAGAGAGAGAGAGCGAGAGAGAGAGAGAAUUAUCUAAGUUCGGAGUUCUACGUUUUAUAAAACACCAAAUACGGUCCAAGUUUUUGGAGGAAUAACGUGACGUGACAGCCUUUCUGGGAUUUGAUCAUAACAUUCUUCCAAUAGUAGCGUGUGCAGGGAUGUCCAAAUAAGUGAUGAUAUAGAGAAAUACGUCACGGUUAAGUGUUUCCUCCCCCAAAAAAACUUCCCCUCGUCGUUUCCACAUACAUUUGAGUCUCCAGUUUGGUUGAAGGUCAUGAACUCUGCACUCGCCCCGGUGCCGUGUGCUCAACUGUAUUUAUGUGUCAUGUCUCGUCAUUUAUGUUAAGUUUUAAGUUUUAGUUCUGUUUUCCAUGUCCGCUUUUAUUUUGUAGUAACUGUCCUCUCUUGUUUCAGAAACUUUAUUUCCUGCCCCGGUGUUUCCUCGUUAGUGUGAUUGUCUGCUCCACCCCUGAUUGUGUCCACCUGUUCCCCAUUACCUCAUGUAUUUAAGCCUGUGUCUACCUGUGUCUUGUGUCAGAUCGUCUUGUCUCUUGUCUCGUCCUGAUCGUUCUUGAUAGUGUAGUUUUUUGUCCUGGUUUGCUUUUCCAACAUAGUUGUGAUUUUGUUUUGUACUUUGUUCAAGUCUUUUUCUGGCAUAGCUGUGAUUUUCUGUUUUCUUAUAAACCCUUUUGAUUCCCCUGAA